UUUCAAAAUUGUAUUUUUUUGUUGCUAGUUGCUUUCACCUUUGCACAAAUUUUUCCAAAUAAAUUUUCUUUUGCAUUUUCUCUGCCAAAAUAUUCAAAAUGCAUAAAAUAAUAAUAAUUUUAUUAUUAAUAACUGUGCCAGCAAUACUCGCAAAGAAAUCCGACGAAAAUUCCAAACCAGAAUGGGCCAAAAAAGAUAUUCGCGAUUUCAAUGAUGCCGACAUGGAACGUUUACUUGAACAGUGGGAGGAAGAUGAUGAUCCCCUCGAACCAGAUGAAUUACCAGAACAUUUACGUCCACAACCAAAAAUCGAUUUAUCCAAAUUGAACACCGGUAAUCCGGAAGAUGUCCUAAAAGUCUCCAAAAAAGGGCGUACAUUGAUGACAUUCGUUAGUGUUACUGGAAAACCAACUCGCGAUGAAGCUGAGACAAUAACCAAAUUGUGGCAAACUAGUUUAUGGAAUAAUCAUAUCCAAGCCGAAAGAUACAUGGUCGAUGAUGAUAGAGCGAUAUUCCUUUUCAAGGAUGGCGCACAAGCUUGGGAAGCUAAAGACUUUUUGGUUCAACAGGAACGUUGCAAAGGUGUCACCAUUGAAAACAAAGAAUAUCCAGGAGAACAUAAAAGUGCCAAAACUGAAUUGUAGGUUUAUAAUUUAACAGAAAAAGCAGCUCUCAUUCCAUUUCAAGUUUAUCAGGAUUUUUGUAAAUAAUAAAGUUUAAAUGAAUCUUU